AUGGCUACUGCCAGCCCUGCCAGGGAGGCUGAGAGUGGAAUCCGAAAGUGGGAGGAGAAGGAGGAAAAAAAAGAUGAGAAAGAAGGGGCAGAGGGGGCUCUGAAUACCCCUGGGGCCCUGCUGUCCCAGAGGGGGAAGGCCCAGGAUGGGGGCCCCCCAGGGGUCAAGUUGGAGUUACAUCCGCUGCUGAACAGGUGGGCUCUAUGGUUCUUUAAGAAUGACCGCAGCCGAACCUGGCAGGACAACUUGCGUCUGGUCACCAAGUUUGACACCGUGGAAGACUUUUGGGCGAUGUACAGUCACAUCCAGCUGGCCAGUAAGCUCUCUUCCGGCUGUGACUACGCCCUGUUCAAGGAUGGCAUUGAGCCCAUGUGGGAAGAUAGCAGGAAUAAGAGGGGUGGCCGCUGGCUGGUCAGUCUCGCCAAGCAGCAGCGCCACAGUGAGCUGGACCGCCUGUGGCUAGAGACACUGCUGUGUCUGAUCGGGGAGAGCUUUGAGGAGCACAGCCGGGAGGUGUGUGGGGCUGUUAUCAACAUUCGAACCAAGGGGGACAAGAUUGCCGUGUGGACGAGGGAGGCAGAGAACCAGGAGGGCGUGCUGCACAUUGGGCGGGUCUACAAGGAGCGCCUGGGCCUCUCCACGAAGAUUGUCAUUGGGUACCAGGCUCAUGCAGACACGGCCACCAAGAGCAACUCCCUAGCCAAGAAUAAGUUUGUGGUGUGA